CUCCGGGGCAGCGGGGAGGGGGCCGCGUGCGGGCGGCGGGGAGCCAGCGGCCGCGGCGACGCUCCCCGCUCUGGGCACCGGCACCGCGCAGGCCCCGAGUCCAGCAUUCUGGCCAUGUGCAGCCCUGAGGAGGAGGCCCUGCUGCAGCUGGAGGAGGUCUUCUCUUCCACCCUCGCCCGCAUCAACAGCCUCGUCCUCCAGCCGCUGCUCACGGCUGAGCCCUCGGACCCCCAGGGCAGAGAGUGCCUGCGGCUCUUGCAGCAGCUACACAGGAGCUCCCAGCAGCUCUGGGAGGUGACGGAGGAGAGCCUGCACUCGCUGAGGAGGAGGCUGUGCCACCAGGACUCCGUCGGGCUGGAAUCCCUGCUGUUGUUGUGCGGCGCCGACCGCGUUCUACGGGUGCACGUAGAGUACAUCGAAGCCUACACUAGCUGCGUGGUGGUGCAGGCCUUUCAGAAGGCAGCAAAGAAGAGGAGCGAGUACUGGCGGGGCCAGCGGAAGGCGCUGCGGCAGCUCCUGUCGGGCGUGAGCUCAGAGGCCUCCGUGGGCACAACGCUGGUCCAGGCGCUCCGCCAGCCGCUCGCCCAUCACGUGCAGCAGUACGUGCUCCUCCUGCUGAGCCUCGGGGACACCGUUGGGGAGCGUCACCCCACUCGGGAGCUGGUGGUGCACGCGGCCACCCUCUUUGGGAACCUAGAGUCCUUCAUGAGGCAGGCGCUGGACCAGGCCACCGCCACGCAGGCCCUCUGGCACGCCCUGAGCAGCCGGCUGAGAGAUGUGCUCUGCACCCCUGCUCGCAGACUCCUGCAAGACAGCCAGGACAUACCUGUGACGGUCACCCCGCUACGGGCGGAGCGCGUGCUGCUCUUCGAUGAUGCCCUGGUCUUGCUGCAGGGCCACAGCGUCCACACCUUUGAUCUGAAGCUGGUGUGGGUGGAUCCUGGGCAGGACGGGUGCACGUUUGAUCUCCUCACACCUGAGGAAGAGGUCUCCUUUUGCUCCAAGGACCCCCAGGGCCGGAUGGUCUGGCAGUGGAAGGUGACUCAGGCUGUGUGCCAGGCCCUGCGUGGGAAGAAGGACUUCCCCAUGCUGGGGGCGGGCCUGGAGUCCCCCGAGCCCCCCACCUGCCGCUGCGUGGCAUACACCUUCCGCGCCGAGGGUCGGCUCUGCCAGGCCACCUACGAGGGCGAGUGGUGCCGGGGCAGGCCCCAUGGCAAGGGCACCCUGAAGUGGCCAGAUGGCCGGAAUCACGUGGGGAAUUUUUGCCAGGGCCUGGAGCACGGCUUCGGCAUCCGCCUGGUGCCCCAGGCCUCCGAGGACAAGUUUGACUGUUACAAGUGCCACUGGUGGGAAGGCAGCAUGUGUGGCUACGGCAUCUGUGAGUACAGCACUGACGAGGUGUACAAAGGCUACUUCCAGGCGGGCCUGCGGCACGGAUUCGGGGUCCUUGAGAGCCCCCCACAGGCCCCGCAGCCCUGCAAGUACACGGGCCACUGGGAGAGGGGCCAGAAGAGCGGCUACGGCAUCGAGGAGGAUGGUGACAGGGGUGAGCGCUAUAUUGGCAUGUGGCAGGCUGACCAGCGCCAUGGCCCAGGGGUCAUGGUCACCCAGGCAGGUGUCUGCUACCAGGGCACCUUCCAGGCGGACAAGAUGGUGGGCCCAGGGAUCCUCCUCUCUGAAGACGACUCCUUGUAUGAGGGCACCUUCACCAGGGACCUGACCCUUGUGGGGAAGGGCAAGGUCACCUUCCCCAAUGGCUUCACCCUGGAGGGCUCUUUUGGCAGCGGGCCAGGAGGAGGGCUGCAUACCCAGGGCCUGCUGGACACGGCCGCCCUCCCUCCAGAACCAAGUGGCACCCGUAAGAGGCAGCUAGGUGUGGGCGCCUUCCCCGCGGAGAGCCGCUGGCAGGGCGUCUACGGCCCCUUCCGGGACUUCGUUAGAGCCGGCUGCCCUGGGGACUUGCAGGAGGCCCUGCUGGGCUUCCACGUACAGAACUCGAGGGACCUUCGCAAGUCCCAGGAGUACCUGUGCUGCGAGAGGACCCAGCCCGAGGACCGCGCGGGCAGAAUGGAAGACGUCCUGGAUGAGCUGCUGCAGCACCGGGAGCCCAGAGCCCUGCGGCAGUGCCUCAGGAAGGCUCUGAGCAACUCGCUGCACCCCCUGGGAAAGCUGCUCCGGACGCUGAUGCUGACCUUCCAGGCCACGUAUGCCGGCAUCGGGGCCAACAAGCACCUGCAGGCGCUGGCCCAGGAGGAGGUGAAGCAGCAUGCCCGGGAACUCUGGGCUGCCUACAGGGGUCUGCUGCAGGUGGCCUUACAGCGCAAGGGCCAGGCUCCAGAGGAAGACGAAGAUACAGAGACAAGGGACGUGCAGGUGCACGGAUUGGUGCUGCCCCUUAUACUGCCCAGCUUCUACUCGGAGCUCUUCACGCUCUACCUGCUUCUCCAUGAGAGGGAGGACGGUCUCUACAGCCAGGGCAUUGCCCAUCUGAGCCUCUUCCCCGACACCAAGCUGCUUGAGUUCCUGGAUGUGCAGAAGCACCUGUGGCCCCUCAAGGACCUCACGCUGACAACCAAUCAGAGACUCUCCCUGGUCAGGGACAAGUGCUUCCUGUCAGCCACUGAGUGUCUGCAGAAGAUCAUCACCACGGUGGACCCCCGCGAGAAGCUGGAGGUGCUGGAGAGGACAUACGGGGAAAUUGAGGCCACCGUGUCGCGGGUGCUGGGCCAGGAGCACAAGCUGCCCAUGGACGACCUGCUGCCGCUGCUCAUCUACGUGGUGUCACGUGCCCGAAUCCAGCACCUGGGAGCCGAGAUCCACCUGAUCCGUGACAUGAUGGACCCCGUCCACACGGGAGGCCUGUAUGACUUCUUACUCACGGCCCUGGAGUCCUGUUAUGAGCAUAUCCAGAAGGAAGAUAUGAGGCUGCACCGCUUUCCCGGCCGCGGGGACUCCAGACGGCCCUGGUAGCCCGGCCGCUCCCGGGCCGACCGCAGAGCUGAGAGGGGCCGCCAUGGUCCAGCCUGGCCCUCGUCACCCACAGAGCGGAGGACAGGAGGGGCCCCUGGAGGCGGUUCCCGGAGGGGAGGGGCAGUUAGUUUCUUCCAGGGAGACGUUGCUGCUGCCUGCAGUGGGCCAAGGGCUAGGGUGACACGCGUGGGCCCGGAGCCGGGGGCUCCCCCUCCCCCUCGCCCUGCCCCUAGGUCGGUGUUGGAUGACCUCCCUGACCUGCAGCGGCUCACCGGCCUUUUUGCUGCCCGAGCCUGGCUCCACACGGACCUCGCGGGGCCUCGGCAUCGCCGUCUGUUUACCAGUGGACUAGAUGGUCUGUGAUGGGCCUUCUGCCCGUCUUGCUGGAUCCCGGAGUCCUUCUGGAAGUUUGACUUUUUAGGCUGCCGGGCUGAGAUUCUUACAUCAUCGUCGGUGGUGUUCCCUGUUUCCUGGUCAGAGGCUCCACGUUGCUAGUGAGGCCGCUUUUCAUGAGGCCUUUUGUCCGGGGGUGGCCUCCUAGGGUCCUGCCUCGUUCCCGACUCUGCACCGGGACUGAGCUGGUCUCUCUGGGCUGCGGGGCUGGACAAACCCCAGUCCACCCUGACCUGCUGGGUGGCCUCCGGCAAGGUCCUAAGAGCCACAUGCUUGCAGCCCAUGGACCCGUGUGCAGGGGGACAGCAGUGGCAUGGGGCCAUCUGUGCUCUGUCCAGGCUCAAGACCCUGCAGGUGCAGGGGGAGGACAGGGGGUCUCAGGGGCCUUGGGGAGAGGAGGACUUUGUUCCUACAAUGGUUUCCAUGUGGGACUGAGAGACACGGGAGCUCCGUCUUGGGGCAGCCUCACCCCUGCCUGGCCUCGAUUUCUUCUCCCCACAUCGAGGGGCUUCCACCUGGUGACCUGCGGGGGCUCCCCCUGCCCUGUCACAGGAGACGUGUGACAAUAGGCGGGGUGACUGAUCUGAAGAAGUCCAGGGGCGAAGCAUGGGGAGAGGGUGGAUUUAUGCAGGGAUGUCGCCCUGGAGGGAGAGCUGGGCCCGGCCGCCACAGCCGCCCUGCCACCGUGCCCUGGAUCGUGAGCAACUCAGGUCACCGUCCUUGGCUCCAGGUGUGCUCUCCAUAAAUGAGCACUGACCUCGAGGCCCGUGAGGGAGGCUCUCAGAAAGCCCAGCCACUCCUGAGCCCCAGGCGGAAGCCCCCCAGGAGUCUCAGGGUGGGGGGCUGGUGGUGGCUGGGGGCACCCACAGACCCUGAGAGGAUGGAGGGCAGGAAGAGUGAGGAUAUCCGGAUGCCGUGGGCCUUCGAGCUUACCCAGGACGCUGCCACUGCUACUUUAAUCCUCUCAACGGUGACCAGCUCCUUCUUGUCCCUUGACGAGUAGAACACGCUUGCCUCAAGGCGGCCCUGAAUGGUAGGACGCCUGUAGCCUCACCCCAGAGGCUGCCCCCCCAAGCUCCCCCCCAGCCCCCCACACCACCCGGCCUCCGUCAGGAUCCGAGAACUCUCACUGUAGCUCCGAUUCACCAGGACCCCUCCACCCGCCCUGUGGCCGGGCCUUGCCCAGUACCAGCGGAGCUGGAGCCUCUGGACAGGGACGGGAGAGGCCGAGGGCGGCCGCGCCGUGGCAGCCAAAACCCGAGACAGUGAGGACAUUGCCAGCCGAGGUCAGUGCUGCAUUCACAGAAGAGACGCUUGGAACCGGGCAGCCCGCCUGCCCCGUGGGCGCCUCGGGAGGCUGAUGGAGACGGGUCACCUGCGGGGACCCCAGCGAGGACCUCUCCCAGCUGCUGCGGGAGCCCCUUUGGCUGCAGGGUCCUACGUCUCGGGAGGUCAGGUUGGCCACCGGGACCUCAUGAUCCCCUGUGCCGGAGAGCUGCGGGCCCAAGGGGGCCCCGUUCCUUGACACCUGCAGGCGGCUUUCUGACCGGCUGCACGGGGCCGCACCAGCCCUGUCCCCGGGGGCCUGGGUUUGGGGCUGAGAGAGAGACACCCGAGAGGUUAAAUGACCUCUCGGUGAGCAGACGCGUUGGAGUCACAGCCUGACCUCCCCCUCCCUUCCACGGCAGCCCUGGGCCUACACGCGGCCUCCCAUGGCGCCCCUCAACUCCUGCUUCCUGCACCCGCAUUUCCCUUCCUCCCCACCUGCUCUCCAGCUCCCGCCCCUCGUCGUUCUGGGCCCCACACGCGCCCUCCUCCGGUCCCCUGGGUCCCAGGCUGCUCCGUCCUCACAGGCCCAGCUCACGUGAGGCCCUCAUGUCCCAAAGAAUGAGCCCCCCGGCCCCGCUCCAGGGCCCGCUCCCUGGCCCAGUCGUGUUACUGGUGCCUGACGGUGGGUGCCUGCUCCCCCGCCCUCGAUCUCCAGGCGCAGCAACGCCCUCCGCCUCUCCCUGGGCCAGCAGCGAUGGCAGUGAGCGUGAGGGUGGAAACAGGUGGACUUGGGAAAGGUUGGACUGUGAAGGACCCCAGCCCCAGGCUGGGUCCGCAUUCAAGACUGGCCCGGGUGGCAUCUGUGAAAACAGAAGCCCCUCGGGUGUGACCAGCACAGGCAGGGACCCACGUGGAACGGAGGGCUGGCCAGGAGCAGCCAGGAAGUUGUUGCCAAACCCUCAGAGAAAGGGGGGAAAAGACAACGCCCUCUCUGUUUGGGGCUCAGGUUCCUGUCCCCGGGGCACCACACCCGGCAGCAAUGUGGCCAGUCCAGCAGGUUGUCUCCGGGCGCUAAUCUGUUGCGGGUGUUGCGCUCCCACAGCAGGAAAUGUCACGAGGUGGCCAGGUUACACCUGUUGACCAGUUGUGGCUGGUGAUCGGUCAGGGCACAGAGGGGCCCCACGAAGCCCCCCGCCUCCCUCCCUCAGUCAGCGAGCCUCACCAGGGGCCUCUUGGAUGCCAGCCCCGUUCCCUGCACAGGCUACAAUCUGGGACGUGGCCAGCAAGGCCCCAGCCCUCUUUAGGUGAGAAGGGCCAGCUGUCCUCCCAGAAAGGGACCAAUGACAGGGAGUAGAGGGAAGCGGGAGAAGCCGAGUCCACAGCUACUGAGAAUGGGAGCUGCCAGGCAUCUUGAGGGAUGCCAGUUCUGACUAGGCCUCUAUUCUGAUCGCCCCCAAGGGUGCUGGGAGCCAGGGCACGGCCCAGACAAACCCCUUGCCCACUGCAGCCUUGGACAAGGCUGGAGGGAGAGUGUGGGGGACAGCCAGAGGGGCGCGGGGCUGCUGGAGAAACCUUAGCAAUGCUGAAGGGAGGCCAGCCCUCCCUGAGCGGGGACCAAAGUGAGCCUCGUGGCCUCAGCUGUCGUCUCUCCCAGAGGGAUGGCCGCCCACCGUGGGACCAGUGAGGGGCAGGGACUGCCCUCCUGUGGCCACUGGGGAAGGGGUAAGUUCAGGGUUAGAGUCAAGGUCAGUGUUAGGGGUUAGGGUUAAGGUCAGAAGCAAGGUCAGCGUCAGAUUAGAAUAAGGGUCAAGGUUGGAGUUCAAGUUAAGGUUAGAGUGAGAGGAAAUGUCAGGUUCAGGUCAGUUCAGGGUCCUGGUCCAGGUCAGGACUUUACUGGUUGGCCUUGCUCACCCAGGGUUGUGUGGACGUGAGCUCUGGCUUUGACUCUUGCUGUGGGCCGGAACCAGGGGUGGGGGCCAGGCUGCCAAGGCCUUGGUGUCCCUGUGACCGUGGCCCAGUCCCUCCCCAGACUGGGUCUGGUUUGCUGUCUCUAAGAACCCUCACUGUGCAAGACCACUGUUCUGCCAUCCGGGGAAGGAAGAGAAGAGUGGGCAAGAGGUGAGGCUGGGGGUCUGGCGCCGUGAAGGUGCCCGGGCAGCGACCCCUUCCAGAUGUGGUGCUGGUGCCGCUAGAGAGAAGGGCUCAGUUUGCAGAACGGGGCUGGAGUCACUAAGUACAGUAUUCAUGACCCACCCGAGGCUGGGGGCUACGGCCCGGCCCCUGCAGCGUCCUGUUGCGGUUUUAAACAAACAUUCAUUGAGUGUGGCCGGGACUCCAAACCGGUGGAAGUAAGUAAGACCCGCUGGUCCCCUGUGUUGGGGAGCGGCCGGUGUCUGGGCUCUCUCCCCCGGCGGGGGGUGUUAAGGAGGGUUUGAAGCCUCGUAUCUAUCUGAAAUUCGCAUCUGAGGUUUGCCAAACAGGAGAUCUCUCAGCCCUGGCUCAUCAGCAAAUCAGAACCCCGGGGACAGAGAACAGGGAGAGGCUGUGAAGGAGAAGGGGGGUCUAAGGGAGUAUUCAGCUGCCCCCCUCACCCCUGGGCCAAGCAGUCCUGUGACGCUUGCUGGGCAGUGCAGGGGUGGGGGGGGACACAGAGUUAGCCAGAGCGCUUGGAGUACCCUUGGGUGAAGGCUGCUGGUGGCUGGGGACAGAUGAGUCCUGCCCUGGAUUUUCCCUGGGGACAGUGACCCCUUCCCUUGCUCUGCUGGCUGGAAAGGACCUGCAGAGGCUGGUCUGCCCAGGGCAGCAUCGAGGCUCUUCCUCUGUGUGUCCGAGCUGGGGCGGCUGUGCCCAGGGCGGGGAGGGGCCUGGGUCUGUGUGUGGGGAAGGGCUAGCAGUCCUGCUCGUCUUUCCCAGUCCUCCAACUGUCACUUCCAGGCCUACCUUCGGAGGCAAGCGCUCCCCUGCCACCCCCCACAUCUGCAGUCCUCGGGAGACGAGUGGUGGGAGAAGAGAGAGCAGGGGACCAGCAAUGCACAUGGGACCUCCCUGAGACCCAGGUCUCGGGGCCACUGCUUCAUCCAAAGGGACCUUCUACACCCUGCUGGUCAUACGGCCGCACCAGGCUCAGUUUCAGGAACCAAAAGAACAUAAGAGGAACCAGGUGCAAACUGUCGGUUGGUGGGGGCGCCUGGGUGGCUCAGUCGCUUGAGCAUCUGACUCUUGAUACGAGCUCGGGUCGUGACCCCAGGGUCAUAGGGCCUGAGCCCUGAGUUGGGUCCGCACUGGGUGUGGAGCCUGGUUAAGAUUGUCUCCCUCCCUCUGCCCCUCUCCCCCACUCACACAUGCUGUCUCUCUCAAAACCCAAAAAAGCCCAUCAGUUGGUGCCCGCUCUGUAAAUGGUGCAGACAGGCUGUUUACCGGCAGCCUCUGGUCUGUCUCUGACACCAGUGUAAGACCCUCUUAAUCACGAGUUCGUGCAUUUCAUUCGGGUGUGGCCAAGGGUCAGUCCCAGGCCCCAGGCAUCCUCAGGGAUAAACGCAGGUGCCAGCCUCUGAGCUGAGACCAACCCUGUGCUUGCACACUGAACCUUGCCGUCGCCUCCGAGGAAGGGGGGCAUCGGUGAUUGGGCGGCUCUUGGUGUCCCGUCCUGCGUGGGGUCCUGCUCGCUGCAGGAGAAGGAGCCCAGGAGGCACUCACAGUCUUCGCGGUCAGGGCAGGAAGGGAGGGCUGCGUCCCGGCAGAUGGCACCGUGGAACUGGAACUCGAGGGAUGAAUUUGCCAGGCGGGGGGUUGGCACGCCUGGCAGAAGGAAAGGCAGGGACAGAGGCCGGGAAGUGGGGAAGGGCCCGGCCUUCCCAGAAUGUGGAGAACUGCUGAACCGAAUCAAGGAGAAGUCAGGCAAACCCAAGGUGAGAAAGCCUUGCAAAACCCGUGGGAGCCUUUUCCCACAUUUCCCGAUUUUCACCCUCCUACGAUGUUGUCCUCUGUCCCCAUGAUGGUUGUCAAACACCCACCAAUUCUUUCUCCCUCUUCCCAUCGAGAUGCGGAGGCAAAAACCCCUGCCCUUAAACCUUGACCUUUGACGAUGCAGUGGGACAGAGGCCACCAGCCUUGUGAGGCUGGGAUCCAGAAGCUCACGUGGCCUCUGCCGGUUCCCCUGGACAUCCGUGCUGGGAGCAUUUCACCACAAAGAGAGAAGUCUGCCACCCUGAGCGGCCAUGUGGGGAGACCGUGUGGGGACAGCAGACAGAGAGAGAGGUGGAUGCCCAGUGGAGCCAGCUCAUCGGGGAUCUGGUUGUUUGGGUCUCCCAGCCCAGACCCUGAGCACAUGAAUGAGAACACUUCUGGGGUGACUGCGGCCUUGGCCGCCCUCUGACUGGAACCUUAGGAGACCCCCCUACAAACAACAGCUGCCUGGCCUAGCCAGUGGGCCCCAGAUUCAUGAGCGAACCAAACAGCGCUGGUGUUCCAAGCCACGGUUUGGGGCUGUCUUUUUAAUGUGACAACAGAUGAACGGAACAGUCCUUUCGCCAUUACCCACUAUUCAUCAUUUAAUUAAAAACACUUUUAUAUGCUUCAUUUAAAAAAAAAGUUUUUUCUCAUUGCA